UUAUCAGCGACAGUACCUAUCUCCAGAUAUACGCAGAGGAAGAAGAGCGCUUCAGUGAUCCGGACUCCCCUUCCCCCUCCCCCUGGAAAAAAAUCAUUUUACUUUUGCUUACAUUUAUCUUCCACCACUUGUGAGCAACUUUAACGCACUAAAACCGAGAUAUUUGGAGAGGCUCGGCUGAGCUCCAUCGUCUGUCUGCGUGGGUACGGAGGGAGAAAGUUUGCCUACUGCGCUUGUAUGCUGAAAAUUUUGACUGGUAAAAGACCAGACUGCUUUAUCACCCGACCGUCCUUAUCUGGAUUCACAUCAAGGCACAAAAGUUCCUCAGGAGAGUGUGGAUGAGAUUUGUGGACAUCUCCGCAGUACUGCGACUGGCUGAGGAAGCCCUCCCCGUGUUUUUCCAGUUUUCCGCCAGGAAGCAGAUUUUAAAGAGAGAAAAAUGUAUCAAAGCCUGGCCUUUUCUUCCAAUCAGUCCCAUUACACGCAUGACACCGGAAAUUACAUCCAUCCCUCGGCCAGCUCUCCCGUCUACGUCCCUUCCACCAGGGUUCCUGCCAUGCUGCCAACCCUGCCCUACCUGCAAACCUGCGACUCGCCCCAUCAGUCUCACGGCCUCAGUGGUCAUCACGGCUGGCCACAGGCCGGCACAGACGGCUCUUCCUUCACGCCCAGCAGCCCCCAUCCCUCACAUGGAUUCUCCUACUCGCACAGCCCGCCCGUGAGCACCAACACCGGGCGAGAUGCAACCUACCAGAGCCCGCUGGUUCUCGGAAACGGAGCUCGCGCUGACCAGUACGGAGGCGCUCUGGUGCGCUCGGUCGGAGGUUCCUACUCCAACCCGUACGCCUACAUGAGCCCCGAGAUGGCGACAUCCUCCUGGACGCCGGGACAUUUCGAAAGCGGGGUGAUCAGCCUGCAGGGCCGACAAGGUGGUCUGUCGGGGAGAAGAUCCAGUCUGGACCUGAUAGACGACAUGCCCACGGAGGGCAGGGAGUGCGUCAACUGUGGCUCCGUGUCGACCCCGCUGUGGCGCAGAGACGGGACCGGGCACUACUUGUGUAACGCCUGCGGCCUCUAUCACAAGAUGAACGGCAUCAACAGGCCCCUCAUCAAGCCGCAGAAACGACUGCAGACCACAUCACGCCGGGCUGGCUUGUGCUGCACUAACUGCCAUACCAGCACCACCACACUGUGGAGACGCAACGCUGAGGGAGAACCUGUCUGCAAUGCCUGUGGCCUCUACAUGAAGCUACAUGGGGUGCCCAGACCUCUUGCAAUGAAGAAAGAGAGCAUUCAGACAAGGAAGCGGAAACCCAAGAUGCCCAAGAAUAAAACAUCCACAGGAUCUAUCACCUCUGACACCGGCUCCCCAACCUCCCUGUCAGUCUCAGAGCACGCUUCCACUAUUAAGAGUGAACCCAACAUGGCCCCAUCACCCUAUGCUGGACAGACUGUCACAUCUGCCACUCAGACUGCUUCUCAGUUGGACAGCACAGCCUCAGGACACGUGGACAUUAAAUAUGAGGAUUUUCCAUUUACUCCGACCUCCUUGGCUCCACAGAAUUCCUGGUGUGCGCUGUCUCAAGCAUGAAUAAGCUCUGCCGUAAGGGCAAUACUGACCCGACUUGAUUGAUCAGUAAGGUUAUCCCACCAUCCUGAAACUUCUCCUUAACAACUCUGAAGCUGUAGAGGGCCAACAUAGUGGGUCAUAACCAGACAGUUAUGACCCACUAUUAUCAAAAGGGACUGUACAAUUUCAUUCUAAGGACAUCUAAUGUAUUUUCUAUAUUAUAUACUGUAACACACUGGCUAUGUAAUGGAAGCAUAAACGGCUCUCCUGGACUGCAUUUUUGAAGGAUGCAUGUGAGCUUUCCAAAGACUCUGGACUGGCCCUGGCUUUUCUAAACUCAUAUCUAGCAACUUCAUUUCCUCAGAGGGACAACAACUACUACCUAUUGCUAAAAGAUAUUGCUGUUUUUGGCAAUAAUCUACACAGCAAACCAAUGCAAGGAUGAUUGAGUUUGAUUUUAUGAGCUUUAACUCCUUUAGCCCCCUUUUUUAUGACUUCCAUCCAACUUCGUGUGGGUCAUUCGUUGCUUCAGUCUGAAAUCGUCAGAGGGGAAAGCAAAGUUUGUUGUUAAUGGUUAUGCACAAAACAACUUGGUUAGUUUUGGACAAGAUCAUAUUUUUUAUUGCUUAAAAAAAGCUCCAGACUUUGUUUCUCGGGUGCCACCUCUUCUAUAGGUAAGAAACACGUGGCACAUUGAAUAUGCAGUUAUUCAUAUAGCUAUUAAUGCUACUAAAGUUUAAAACCUAAGGGUCAUAGCAACUUGCAAAGACUCCUCAUAACAGUUUCAUUCAUGUUCCUUACUGUCACUAAUGUGAUAAAAUGUCAUGGUUUUCUAUGAGGUUUUCAAGAACAUGUUUUCAUGUUGUUGUCACUGCAAGAAAGAAAUCCAGAAAAUGCCUUUAUGGCUGUUGAACAUGUCUCAUUCCCUUGUAGAUAAUUAACUUUUAUAGGCACAUUAUUUGUGUUGAGAUAAGGACUGUUAAAAGUCAUUGUAGACACUAAAACCAGCCAGUUAUGACCCACUGUUCUCCAUGUAGAAUGGCUUUUGUGCUCUAUGUGUCUAAGUGGUGAUGCUUAGAUUAUGGUAGAUUUAUUUUUACAAGAAACAGAAGAGAUAAAAUGCAUCCUGCAAGAGUUAUUUGAAAACCAGGAGCAGUCAUUUUAAUUCUGACAUGAUGACAUAUCAGAAUUUUUACCAUUUUACUGCUCUAAAAUUUGAUCUUAAUGAAAGUGCAAUUAUUUUUUUUCUUCAAAAAUCGAAGACAAAACAAAGUGUGAAAUUGUUGUAAACGUUAUUAUCUAAAUUUAUUAUCUGUGUUUUGUUAAUAUGUAAGGAACUGUUAUUUUGUUAGGAGUUGUUUUGGGUCUUUUUUCUUCAGUGCUCUUUGAAUCUGUUAAAUUUAAUAAAACUGAUUCAAAUUUUAAAAA